AUGAAUGAAGAGAAUCAAUCAAGUGAAGUAGAAGAUGAAGAUCAAAAUAACAUCAAAGAAUCUGUGGAGGCACAAAGCAAAAAAGUUGUAAAUGAAGGGUUGAAACCUUUUAAAGCAGCCAGGCAGGAGUAUGAUGAUGAAGCUGUAGUUUUUAAAUAUGAUGUGGAAGUUUUUAUCAUCGAGAUUGAAAGCUAUCCACGCUAUCUACGUCUGCUCGAUCUCAUCAUGAUCAAGACAAGAACCUCUUGGGAAGAAUUAUCCAAAAAGUUUAAAAAUCCAGUUGAAUUCAUGAAAAUUCAGUGGAAAGAUCUGCGGGAAAACCUAAAGAGGUGCUUGGUGAAGCGGUCUAAAAUGAUGAAAUGUGGUGCAGCGUUCCACACUUUGCCAAACUGUAAAUAUUUUCCGCAACUACAGUUUCUUCAAGAAAAAGUAAUGAACAAGAAAACGUGUAGUAAUGUUAUGGGCUCACCACCACCAGUCGAAUUAUUUCCAAAACCAGAAACAGUUUCAGACUUUUCUGCUGCAGCAGAGUCUCCCGCAAGUACCCCAAGUCGACCUUAUGCAAAACGCUCUAGUUCUGAAUGCAGUUCGAGCAGCAGCAAAAGUAAUUCAAGCAGCAGCAAAAAAAUUAAAGAACAGGAAGCUGCUCAAAUGGACAUGCAUGUCCUCCAAAAAAAAAUAUCUCUAGCGAAAAAGUUGUCAAUGUAGAGGAGGAUGAAGACAUGCACUUUUGCAAGAGCCUUGUAGGUACACUUCGGAAAUUCGAUUCGUAAAAAAUAAGACAGCUAAACUCAGAAUACAACAACUGCUUUUUGAACUUGAGUUUGGAGGGAGCGUAUAGAGGAAACUUUAAUAAAAAAGGGUUGUAUUUUUACAUAUAUUUAGUGUAUAUAUUUUUAGAUACUUUUUCAGUGUAAAUAUUUUAAGUAUAAAUAAUUUACCAAUAUUAGGACCAACAAUGAGUAUGUUUAUUAUUUUUUUUAUUGACAAUAUAUUUCGGAUAAACAUUAUCCAUCAUCAGGUCUAAA